CUUCAGAGUUGCAAUGGCGGCGGCGGCGACGUUGAAGAAGCUGUUCUGGUCCACGGAUUCAGACGUCAGUCUUGGAGAAGCGAAGGAAAAGAAUACGCAAAUCGGCGAUGAGGUCGUCGUUGAUGGCAUCCGCGUUUUUCAAGAUCCAAAUGGAGCGCCCGUAGAGCAAGUGAGUCCUUUAGGGUACCACGUUGGAUGGGCCGGCAUCCUCUUCCUCAACGUAAGCCAGAUGGUGGGAACGGGAAUUUUCAGCACUCCGGGAUCCAUUUUACGGGCCCUGGAUUCUGUGGGCCUGAGUUUACUUUACUGGGUUUUUGGGGCGCUUAUCGCAGCUGCGGGCCUCGCGGUGUAUCUUGAAUACGCCUCUAUGUUUCCGAGCCGUUCUGGCGGGCAAGUGACAUAUCUUGAGCAAGCGUACCCAAGACCCGUUUUCUUGUUUCCCACAGCAUACGCUUUCUUCGUUGUCGCGUUCUCGUUCUCGAGCAGCAAUGCAGUGGUGCUCUCAAGAUACAUCUUUCGCGCUGCGCAGUACCAAGCCACCGAAUGGGCUCACAAAGGCCUGGCCCUAGCCUCAUAUACAUUCCUAGCAAUCCUAUGCUUGAUCUCGACACGCUGGUCCAUUAGACUCAUGAACUUAAUCUCAGCCGUCAAGCUGAUCAUUCUGCUGUUCAUCGUCUGCACGGGAUUCGCGGUACUAGAUGGCAGGACCAGUGUAACGGACCCGCACGCGAAUUUUCGCGACAGCUUCAAAAAAGUGACCAAUAACGGAAAUGGGAUCGUGAAUGCGUUGGUCAACAUCAACUUCGCCUAUACGGGUUACUCCAAUGCGUUCAACGUCAACCCCUUCCGCACGCUCAAACGCAUCGCGCCCCUCUCCCUCCUCAUAGUAUCCAUUCUCUACAUUCUCGCAAAUGUCGCCUACUUCGCCGCAGUCCCAGCCUCAGACAUCCUCAACUCCGACACGCUAACCGCCGCCCUCUUCUUCGAAGCAGUCUUCGGCCCGUCCGCCAAAGGUUUACCAGCUCUCAUCGCGGUCUCUGCCGCAGGGAACAUCAUGGCCGUCAUCAUCGGCAGCACGCGCAUGAUCAGGGAGUGCGCCAGACAAGGGGUGAUACCGUACCCGCAUCUCUGGGCAUCCACCCGUCCCUUCGGCACGCCCUUCGCCCCCAUCGUGUUAAAAUGGGCCUUGACAUGCAUCGUCAUCCUCGCCCUCCCCUUCGGCGAUGCCUUCAACUUCCUCGUCGACCUGCGCUCGUACCCGGACUCCGUCUUCCUCUUCCUCAUGGUCGUCGGCAUCUAUUACCUCCGGUAUCGACGGAAGAAGGCGGGGUUGCCACCCGCGGCUUUCCAGGCCUGGCACUCUGCGCUCAUCUUCUCGGCCGCUGUGUGUCUGUUUUUGCUCAUCAUGCCGUGGUAUCCGCCUGAUGAUGGCGGGGACGUGUCGUUCUGGUACGCAACGUACUGUGCCGUCGGCAUCGGGCUGAUGCUGGGAAUGGGGCUUUACUAUCUUUUCUGGAUCAAGUGGUUGCCGAAGUGGAAAUAUUAUGCUAUCAGGACGGAGACGCUGGUUUCGGAGCAGGAUGGGAGCGUUACGCAUGUGUUGAGGAGGGUGCCGGAGGCGGAAGUCGAAGAAUGGGAUAGGACGCAUGAUGACGCGGGAAAUGUAUUGUUUGAGGCGGUGGGUGGGGUUGGACAAGCCGACGGGAGACGUUUGAUUAGGAGGGUAAAGGUUAAGGAUGGGGUUACACAGGUUCAUCAUGGGCUGGAAGAGAAGGCAUAA